ACACUAGCAGCAGAGGGAAAAUUAGCUUCAGUAGCAGCAACUAGACUGCUGAAAAACACGGUUAAACUCCCCUGUAACGCUUCAUUAAUACUUUAAUUCUUACGGGAAAAAAAUGUCAUUAGAGAUGUGGAAACAGCAGAUCAAACAGCGACUGGAUGCAUCCGUGGAAGACAUAUUGGGGAUUUUCGAACAAGCUGUAGCAGAAUAUAAACAAGAACUGUCGAGUUUAAAAGCCGAUGUUCAGCAGAUGAUGCUGAUUAGUGAAGGAGCUCCAGAAGAACUGGGGACCAGUGCGGACCAACAGGACCCAGAAUACUUCAACAUAAAGAAUGAACAGGAGGAACUUUGGACCAGUUUAGAAGGAGAGCAGCUCCACAGGAAGGAGGAGACUGAUAACGCUGAGUCCUUCACUGCUGAAGAUGGGAAACCUGAGUUCUCACAGCUUCAUCCAGACCGAGCUGUUCCAACCAGCAGCUCAGGUGACCAGGUGACAGCAGCAACUGGGAGAGGAGCAAAAACCAUCUGGAACCAAGAUCUGAAUACUGCUGAAGACGAUUUAAACUCUUCAGAGACUGACGUCAGUGAAGAUUAUCAAGAUGAGCAAGAUGCCGACGACUCUGACUCUGGACAAAAAACUGGAGACGCGGACAUGAGGACGAGCGGCGCUCCCGAGUCAGACGAUUUCUUUAGCUGCUCUGAGUGUGGUAAACAAUUUGUCCACAAGGGGUCUCUUCAGAGACACAUGACAAGUCAUUCAGUAUUGAGGGUUUCAAGUUGUUUUAAUAAAGAGAAAACUUACAGAGUGAGGAAAACCGUAGACCCGUGCAGGGAAGUCCAGACAAGUCCAAAACUGUUUCGGUAUGAUGAUCGCGGCGAAAGAUUUACGGUAAAAACAAAUUUAAACGGACACUCGAAGAUCUACAUGGAGCAAAAACCGUUUGCUUGCGACGUUUGUGAGCAGAGGUUUAAAAGUAAGGCCAAUUUAAGCCGACACAUGAGAACCCACACCGGACAGAAACCGUUUGGCUGCGAUGUUUGUGGACAGCGAUUUCGAGACGACACGAACCUAGACAGACACAUGAGGAGUCACACGGGAGAGAAACCGUUCAUGUGUGACGUUUGCGGACGAGGUUUUAAGGAUAAGUCCACUUUAGGCAGACACAUGAGGAUCCACACAGGCCAGAAGCCCUUCGGUUGUUACGUUUGUGGCCGAACCUUUAGCCAAAAGACACAUUUAAACCGACACAUGAGCAUCCAUACAAGACCGAGUGUGUUGUGAUUUUGUGGACUAAGCUGUAGCAGGAGGAGGAAUCUAAAUCCACCCAAGAAGCCACAGAGUAACGAGUCCUUAAACACACGAGAAGGGAAACUGUGUAAUUGUGAAUAUUAAGACAAGCUAAUGGUUUUUGGUGAAUGUAUGUCUAGUGUAAGAGUUUGCCAAGAAGUGGAGUAGUUCUUAAUAUUUAGAUACUUCUGUUUUUUUGUGCCUUGAAAUUAGUAUUUUAUUCUAGAAAAGACGUCUAAAAAAUACAUCGUUUGCACAUCUUCAGCAGUAGAAGACCUGAAUCAAAAAUGAGAUGCAGGUUUGAAAAACAAAACAAAUAAUCUUUGAGGAAUAAACUUGCAGAUAUUCUGAAUGUAGUUCUGUUUAAAGAUCAACUCCGAAGUUAGUCAUUUUCACAUUUUUUCACAAAAAAAUUCAGGUUUCCAGAAAUCAAGUUUAAAAAAAAAGUAAUGUUUCUUGAGGGUUUCAGGCAGCAUCAACGUGURGUGGAUUUAAGAUUUUCCAUCUGAAUAAGAUUUUGUUUGCAUGUUUGUUUGCAAGUCAUAACAAUAAAGUUUUUUGUGGACGGUCCA